AUGCGGAGAAGUAAAGGGAAAGAGAUAGUGAGUGAGGAGGAGACUGAGGAUGUUUCGACUGAUAUGGAUGUUAGAUUACAAGACGUAAGGAGAAAGAGAAACCAUAAAGGUGAUACUAGCGGUGAUAGAGCCUUGGAGAGACAACUUUGGUCCUCUGGAUUAGUGACUCUGUUUGAGAGUUUGAGUUCUAAGAAGAUUGGAAAUGUCGAGAGUGAUGUAACGAGGAUGAAGCAAGCUCGAGGAACAGAGGAUGUAGCUGAUGUUGCUGAGGACGGUCAGUCUGCUGCCAGUGAUGGUGAUGAUGUUGGUGAUGACAAUAACGAGCAGUCUUGGGUUUUAAAAAUGAAGGAAACAUCCGAAGAUUCAUUUCAGGUAGCUUGUUUGGUGAGGAAUCCAAAAGCUACCCCAACAACUCCCCGAGAAAUAAAGAAAGAACCAGAAGAGAAGACUCCAAAAUCAGGAAAACGUAAUGGCUCUUCGAAGAAAAAAGUGGGAAAAGAAAUUUUGGAUUUGAAGAAAAAGGAGGCGCCUGCAGUAUCUAUUUCUGAAGGUUUAGUAUCAUUUGGAGAACACUCGAAGGGAUUUGGUCUGGCAUUGGAUAAGCUACUUGCAAUGACAAGGAGGGAUGAUUGCGUUAUGAGACAGGAAUGUGUCGCUAUAGAUAAGCAUAACAUCUCCCUUGUGGCGUCUCAAAGAAGCCCUUACAUUGGCAACUCUGGCGUCAAACGCGUUAUGUUUGGGUGUCACCCAUCAAAUGAUUCAUACAAUCCCUUUGAGAAGGUUUUGGCAUCAAAGGUGGAGAAGCUUAUGGCGUUCAUUAAUCAUGAUAUGGACAACCCUUUACCUAGUAGCAAUGCAAAUUUAAAGUUUUAUGUUAAGAUCAUGACUCCUAAAGAACUUUGGCCGAAAACAGACCACGAAUUCGGGUGGCUAGGAGAUAUGCAUUUGUGCUCUGCAAUGCAUAUGCUUUGA